AUGGGUUUACGUCAGGUGGUUUUUGUGUCCGGUGCUGCCCGUGGUAUCGGUAAGGCGAUUGCCCUACGGCUCGCUCGAGAUGGAUUCAAUGUUGCCGUUAACGAUAUCAAGAAGAAUAUCACUGCUUUGGAGGCUACAGCGGCAGAGAUCCGAGCUUUAGCAGGACGCGAAAGCUCUGUGACACCAGCAGAUGUUUCCAAAAGGACUGAAGUUACCGAGGCGUUUGAAAAGUCGGCCAGGGACCUUGGUCAGCUGAAUGUUCUUGUCGCCAACGCCGGUGUCUGCAAGAUUAAGCCACUGGUAGAUGUCUCGACCGAGGAAUGGGAGGAUGAAAUGGCCAUCAACCUUACAGGCAUGUUUCAUCAAUUCCAGCUGGCUGCUAGACAGAUGAUCAGGCAAGGCACUGGCGGCAAAAUCAUCGCCGCCGCUUCAAUGGUAGCACACAAGUCUGUUCCUUUGAUGGGUGGGUACUCGGCUUCCAAAUGGGGCGUCAGAGGCCUCUCUCAAGCAGCAGCACAGGAGCUGGCUCCUUAUGGGAUAUCUGUGAACAACUACUGCCCUGGAAUGGUGGACACUCCAAUGUGGGCCUCGGUUGACGGAGCACUGAGAAAGUAUUACGGGGGAGAGCCAGGUGAACAUAAACGGAAAUUUGAAUCGUCAAUCUUGGUUGGAAGAUUGAGCCAACCAGACGACAUUGCCAAAUUUGUUUCUUAUCUGGCAAGCAAGGACUGUGACUACAUCACAGGCCAGAGUAUGUUGAUAGACGGCGGUUGCUACCUUACAUGA